GUCCUAAGACUCCUUGACUUGAACACGGAAGUAGGAUUGGUAACGUGUUUUUAUUGUUCCUUGUGUGGAGUAAAGAAAGACAUACUGACUAAACUAAAUAGGCGACCCAGAUCUAAUUUUACUGAGAAUGUCUAAACUACAGAUGUUGUGUGUGUUUUUAAAUGAGCGUUUAACGGAGGCUGCUUUGGAGAUUUUCGGGGAAGUUGAGAAAACGGUAGUAGAGUACCAGGAGGAGAACGAUCGGCUACGGAGAAUGCUGCGGUUGACUCCAGAGAUACAACAAUGUCGAAUAGUCCCUCCAGAAUCCCUGCAGCUCUCUGUCUCUGAAGAGGAGGUUCCCCCUGAGCAGCAGGAGUGGAGCCCCAGUCUGGGACAGAAGGACCCAGAGACCAAACAGAUUAAAGAGGAACAAGAGGAAGUCAGGACCAGUCAGGAGGAAGAGCAGCUUCAAGGGGUGGAGCCUGAUAUCAUAGAGUUCAUAUUUACUCCUUCCUGUGUGAAAAGUGAAUGUGAUCUGGAGGACCCACGUCAAGAACCCAUACUAGCUGAAUACCCAACUCUCAGUCCACUGAAAAUGUCUAAACUACAGUCGUUUCGAGAGUUUUUAAAUGAGCGUUUAACGGCGUUUGCUGCUGUGGAGAUUUCCAGGGAAUUUGCGAAAGCAGUAGCGGAGUACCAGGAAGAGAAUGAUCGGCUACGGAGACUGCUGCGGAUCACACCGGAGAUUAAACUAUGUAGAAUAGGUUAGUAUGUAGACAUACUGACAGCUAGCUGUACAUGGAUAAAAACAUACCUGUGUCACGAAAACCAGGAAGUUAUUUGAAUGUAUGAAAAUAGGUUCUAGAAUUUACUGACUUUAGAAACAGAUAAAAAAGAAACCGAUGCAAAUUUCUUACAUUUUAUAUUUCGGUCGUUCAACCUUCAUCGGAGCAAAUCUCCCCAAACAGUGAGACAGAUGAGGCCACUAAGGCUGCGUUUAUACAGGCAGACCAAUUCUGAUUUCCCCCCCACACUAAUUGGUCUUUUGACCAAUCAUAUAUCUUUUCACGCCAGAUAAUUUUCAGUGCUGAUCUGAUUGGUCAAUAAAAUGGGAAAGAGAUUAGACUUGGGAAGCCUUAGAGAGCCAGAGAUAAUUACAGAUACCUGCUGUAACCCAAAGGGCCAUUCAAUGUCAUAUCAGAUAGAACAGAACAUAAAGAUGUAAUUCUACAAACACAAAAUGAGGUGUUUGUAUCAGGAACCCAUACUCUCAGACAGAGAACAAUACAGAUGACAAUCUGCAACAAAAAGAAAGACAAGGUGAACACACAUAACACUUCAGUGCUUUCAGGAAGUAUUCAGACCGCUUGACUUUUCCCACAUUUUGUUACGUUACAGCCUUAUUCUA